GGGGAGGGGAGGGGAGAGAGGCUCUCGCUUAACGGUGGCGUGGCCUCGGGGCAGCGUCGUGAUAGCGGCGGCCGCGCUUAGCAGUCGCGUAGUAGUACCGAGCGCGCCGCGCUUGACAGCAGCGGCGGGAUGAGCUUUUACGACGUCUUCCGGGGCCUCUUCGGGUUCCGCAGGCCCCGGAACCCCUUCUUUGGGGGCAUCAUGCGGGACGAGGAUGAAGACGACGAUGAUGAUGCGCUGGAUGCAGAGUGGGGCCCCGCCUUUGGGGCCGGCCCCGCCGGGGAGUUCGGCUUCAGCGUCGGCCCCGGCGGGAUGCGUUUCCACAACGGCCUCAACUUUGACCAGCUGUUCCGUGAAUUCAAUGAGCUCUUCCAUGGGCUCCCCGGCAUGGAGUCGCCCCCGCCUGCUGCUGGCGAGAAGCACAGGCAGUCGCUGCGGGACUACAUGCUCAAGUACCCGGAUGGUCCCUGCCCCAGGACCCCUGUGGAGGACCCCGACUCAGGCGGGGGCUUGGGGGAUGGUGCUGGCCCAGCAGCCCCAGGCAGGAGGCCCUGGCAACCAUUUGCAGGGCUGGAGGAUGCCCACCCGCCGCCGCCUGCUCUCAAGGAGGAUAGAGAUCUGGACUCCCAGGUCUCCUCAGGUGGGCUGGAGACAAUCCUGAGGCCAAGUGAGCCGAAAUCCCACUCCUGUUUCCAGAGCGUCUCCAUCACCACAGUGACCAAGCCUGAUGGGACUGUGGAGGAGCGUCGAACAGUGCAGGACAGCCUGGGCCACCGGGAAACAACGGUGACCCAGUGGCACAGGGACCAGGCUAUCACCACCAUGGAGCCUGGGCAAGGCAGGGACAAGGCAACCAGCAUGGACAACUGGGAACCGGCAUGGUUCACAGGCAUCUGGCAGCAGCCGGGAGAGCCCCGCAUCCGGGACCUGAGGGACUCCUCUUUCCUGGGUGGCUUCCUGCGCCACUGGUUCUCAAGCCGGUAGCUCUGGGGUGUCUGAUCCUAGCAGGGAAUGCGGGGGCUGUGUUGGGUCGUCUCGUCCUCCUGGUACUGGUGUGCACAGAGUAAUAAAGUCUAUUUAUGCUAA